AUGAGCUCGAGGAAGCGGUCUCUGCGCGAGGCCAACAUCACACCUGCAGAACAAAGCCAGGAGAACUCCUUGAUACAUCAGCUGAGGAACUCGUUCUACUUCGCAAAUCUCUACCAAUGGAUCUGCAUAUUCGGAAAGGUUGUCAAGAUCGACGACAAUCUAGACAUCGAGGAUCUCGAGACAGAGUGUCUCAAGCAUGACUCCAUGGCCUUACAAGGCAUUGGUCUGUCCAUGCUGAAGCACCUCUCGUCGCAUCGCGGAUUGACACACGAACUCUUUGACGAAUACACCCGACGACAAUUUGUUGCCAAGAUGCCAAACAAGAGGAAUCCUUUUGGGGACGGUGAGGUCACUGAGAAAUUUGCAGAUUUUGAUCUCUUCAAGAAACUUCGCACGCUAUGGCAAAUGACACAACUUAUCAUGAUGAAGCCCGAGAACAUUCGACCGAAUAUGGAUGAGCAACGAGUCGAUGACCAGACGAACUGGAGAAUCGAGCCGUAUGGUUGGGACCGCAAAGACCGCGAAUACUACGUACUAGACGAUAAUCGAAUGUAUCGUCUCACGGCCGCGGCUCCUCCCGCAGCUCCUCCAAAGAAAAACUCACAGAAAGCUAAAGCUGCAGCGCGGUCUGCGAAACGCAGACGUCUGGCGGCGUCUGUAGACAGCACAAGCAAUAAUGGCGAUGAUGAGACAGGCAGCGUGUCAGAAAACAACGAGCGGUUCAAUCAUGCCGACGAAGAUCCCCUUGAUGGAGCUACUUGGGAAUGCGUUGCCAUCACUCUUGAUGAAGUCCGCAGUUGCAUCGAGCCAUUCAAAAAGACGAAGGACCCCAACGAGAAAAUUUUACGGGAGCAGAUUGAGGGCCAUCUCGUGCCCAUACUGGAGAAGCAAGAGGAAUCUCGGAAGCGAAAGAUGGCACAACGGGAGAAGGAGCUCCUGAGUCUGCAGAAGAUGGCUCAUGCCAAGAGAUCAAGCCGCCUCGCCGGCAAAGCGGAGCAGCGCAAGCAUGAAGAGAUCGAGCGAGAAGAACGUGAGAAGCGGCAGGCAGAGGAAGUUGCCGCACGGAAGCACGAAGAAGAGAGAAUCAAGAUGGAGAAGGAACGUGGCAGCCGAUUGAUGUCCAGGGAACAGCGCGUCCGCGACCGCGAGGCUCGACGUAUCCAACAUGAAGAGGAAUUGGCUCAGCUUUCAGAGGGAAGCAAGGGUCCCGAAGCCGGUCGCCUGUCCGAGCGUCGCCUCAAAGCGGAGAUCGAGAAGAACAAGCAGGCACUGAAGGAGUUGGAAGAGGAAGAAGAAGAGUGGAGUUUUGAUUGCGUCUGUGGGCUCCAUGGACAAGUCGACGAUGGCGAGCACUCUGUUGCCUGCGAGAGAUGCAAUGUCUGGCUACACAGCAAGUGUCUCGGCAUCGAUGAAGAUGAGGCUGAGCGAGACGACUUCCACUUCAUCUGCAACCAUUGCCAACAGGUCGAGCGGGAGAGGAAGGAUAAGCAACAAAAGCAGCCGCAGAAGAUCAAGGUCAAGGCCAAAGAAGUUGUUUCGACCCCAUCGACUACGUCGACACCAGCUGCCAAGCUUAUUUCCACGACACCAAUUCCGCUACCUCAAAUUCCUGGCAUGAAUUCGAACAUCCACAUCGACGCAAAGUCCAAGCAGUCUCCGCACGCUGGUGCUGCCCAACUGAACGGAGUAUCGCUGCCGUCCGCAAGCGCUUCCACUAUCGCAAUGGCUCCAGAGCCCUCCCCACAAAAGCACUCUUCGCCUCCAGCCGACAACACUACUGUCACACAGACAUCCUCUUCUGUGGCUCCUCAGCCGCCGUGGGCUUUCCCUGCGCGGAAGCUAUCGCUCAACGGUGUGGCGCACAACCCUUUUUCUUCACCACAUCCGAGCCUACUGCCUCCAGACCAGUCGCCCAACAAGUCUCGUGCGUAUGGCAGCAUUUACAACUCAUCCAGCCCAAUCGCCCAUAAAGAGCUAGAGACGGAUCCAUCACUUAGUGAUCGCCCGGCCCUACAUCCGACCGCAAACGGCACCCUCCCUAGCUGCGGGACACCAUCGAAGGAAACAAAGGAGGCUUCAACAGUCUCCCCACAGAAGCCGUCACAGACUCCACUGAACUCCGCGAGCAACUCAAAAGCCUUGGAUCAGCUGAUGUCUUCCCCAUCAUCAAUGACAACACCAAGACUGAGCCCUCGCCCAGAGGAUAGUGACCCACUACCGUCCUCUCGGGGUGGUCUCUCCCCCACGAAGAACUCGCCAACCUUGUCAGCCGUCAAGUCUAGCCCAGCAAAUGCCCGUCUGCCGCCCGUUGCAGCGUUAUCCCCCACGCCUCACCAGAUUGACCUGACUCCUCCUGUCAAGCAUGACAGCGAACCUUCCCGUCCCUUAUCACAGCAUGACUCAUAA